AUGGCGGGCGUUGAUUCUUGGGUUGACUUUGAGCAAAUCCGACACAAUAUCAAGAACAAUACGGUUGAUAGAUUGAAACAGAUUCUGACAGGUCUGAACGAUGAAUGUGGCACCCAUUUUUCAAAGUCGGGCAAGAAGCAAGAGAUUAUUGAUAGGAUUGUCGCUGUUCUUGAUUCCUGGAGAGCCGCAAAUUAUGAAGACAGGUGGGCGAAAGCAAAGGCGGUCGUACACCAAGUCCGGAAUCUGGGAGCUUACACCCCCAAUCGCCUACCCACAAUCCCAUCCACCCAUCCUCCCGUUAUUAACUCGCAUACGUUUGUACCCGGGGGAAUGAAACCGGCACCAUAUCUUCUCAAUGGCACAGCUGCCACAAGUGGCAUCGCACGUUAUGAUCCGUAUGCUCCCCCUCGCAAACCUUCAGGAUCCUCAAUUGCGCCCUCCACUUCGUCCGGGAUAAGACCCCCUAGUGUUCGCUUCAAAGAAUCGCCCUUCUUCAAAGUCGAACAGGGUAUCUCGUCUGUUGUUGAGUGUCCAGAAUCUAGUGGCCAAACGGACCGUCGUCAGCAAACUGUCACCUUCACACUCAACAACGACCAGAUCACGAAGCUAAAACAACCAGGUUCGAAAUAUCAACUUCGACUAUUCUGCACCUCUUCUGCCUUCUACCAGAGCAAUCCCGCGUUUCGAACAAACAAUCCUUGUCUUAUAGAGUUCCCUCCGACAUGCGAAGUUCGUGUUAACGGCACCCAACUCACAGCCAAUCUCAAAGGCCUCAAGAAAAAGCCAGGAACAGCUCCACCUCCCGAUCUGGGCAAAUUUACGCGGCUGACUGGUGUUCAGAACCGCGUUGAGAUGGUAUAUGUGAACAGCAUACAGCCUGUCGUACAAAAGAAAUACUAUCUAAUCGUCAUGCUGGUUGAAACGACCUCUGUUGAAACCCUGGUUAACAAUCUCAGGCAAAUAGGUCGCAGAAGUAGUCAUGACAUUAAACAACAAUUAAUCGCAGUAAAUACGGGGGACGAUGACAUUGUUGCGGGGCCGCAAAAAAUGUCUUUGAAAUGUCCACUGAGCUUUAUGCGCGUGUCUACCCCCUGUCGCUCUUCAAAAUGUGUUCAUGCGCAGUGCUUUGAUGCCACCUCCUGGUUUUCUAUGAUGGAACAAACUACGACCUGGCUUUGCCCAGUUUGCGAAAAAACAUUGGAUUACAAAGACCUCAUAAUUGACGGCUACUUCGACGAAAUCCUCAAGGAAACUCCAGAAAGUGUUGAGGAUGUCAUCGUGGAAUCUGAUAGCGAAUGGCAUACAUCAGACAACAAAUUUGGGUCAGCAAAGUGGAAAGCUGUUCACCCUCCUGCUGUUGAAGUAUCAUCCAUUCAAAAGCCACCAUCGCCUCCUCGACCAUCAAGUGCCGAAGAGGGAAAGGCAAAGGCAAAUGAUGUAGAGAUCUUUGUGCUUGAUUCUGAUGACGAAGACGAGGACCAAGUCAACCGACAGCUUUCUCCGUCGUAUAGGGAUUCCUCCAGUAGUCAAACUUUCAACAGUACUUUGCCAUCCGUCCCAUCGACGCAGCGGGCUGAAGAUGUUAUCGAUUUAACGGUCGAUUCCGAGGAUGACGGACCUCCAGUGCUCCCUCGACCUCAGAAACGCAAGGCUUCGAAUGCUGAACUUGCUGAAAGCAGCCCUACGGAGCCUUGGAAAAGGGGAAGGCUUGACACCCUACCAGGGGUGUCUGGCGGCGACUUGAGUCAUCUUGAACUUCCUCGACCCAUCUCCCUCCUCAAUGAUGGACCUACACCUCCCAGUCGCUACCCCCCAUACCCAACGCCCUCGCAACCCACGUACAACAACUAUUCUAACAGAGGAAGCGGGUCUAUACAGUUACCGCCGUUGCAGCCGUUGCCGUAUCUUAGUCGGCCCUCAAACAGCAAUCAUGGAUGGCCAUGA